AUGGACACGUUGGAGUGGAGCUUAAACCUUGCGGUAAGAAACAAAGAGCCUAUCGUCACUGUGAGAGAAAUCCUACAAGAUUCAGAGUAAGUACCACUCUUUGCUGGAAUAUCCAGUGCCGCCUGUUUUGGAAAGAUGAAUUUACUAAGGUGUCUAAACGUCGCAGUGUCGAAGAGCAAACACCAGAGCCAUCCUCCUCCCGCAGUCCCCGGAAACGCAAUCAUUGCGAAGUAGAGAAAAACUCAUAUUUUACUCCCUCAAUUCGGUAAUAUUCCAAACAAAAUUGAGGCAUUGAAGUGCAUUUUUACGUUGCUUAUACUUUUGACCAGAAAGCCAAGUAGCGAAAAAGAGCAAGUAUCGCCAGCAAAGCGCCAUCGCAGUGGUCCAGGCCUAGGAUCCAUUGAUCUAGAGUCAGAGCAUGAUCUUAAUAGCCGAGGAACUGUUCUUGUAGAAUCGUGGGUGCAGUGGGUGCAGUGGGAAAUUGAUCACGCAUAUCAAGCUGAUUGUCAUACAGAGAGACCAUCACUACCACAUCAAAAAAUGGCAAAGAAAAGAAACCUGAUACGCCUAGAUUUGGUAGGAGAUCCGGAAGUUCAAAGCUGGUACAACCGUAAGUAUACUUCUUGAAAAGCUUGAUUUCAAAGUAGCAGUGCUCUGACUAAUGCUAACGUGGAUACCAGAGAGUUAUCAACAUCCCCGGCAUCUCCAUCUGAGCACAGCAGAUUAGGAUCCUCUACAACUGUGUUUGAGAAUUCCAGAUCACAUAAUUCUCCGAACAACCCCGAACUUUUUCAAUCUAAAACCUACAACCUCGAAAACUCUUACAACAAUGUUUGCGACAACACUUUCGAAGGUCCUAGUUCCAAAGUCCAAGAACCCGAAAAUAAGUGCCAAGAUAUUCCCAAGGAUAAAGAAGCCGAGAAUGACUACGAAUUUAUUGCCAACACAUUCAAAUCCCUUUAUCCCCUCGUCGAAGAUUGGAUCCACCAACAAAAGUCUCAGCUGGAUACCGUCACUGAAAGAAUUAAUCGAAUUUUGGGUUGCUUACAGAAAGGCGAAAGACUGCAACAGCAAGAUCCCACUAUUGAAAUGGCUUCUCAACUGGAGGACCUGAUCGACGACAUCACAAAUGGAAUCACACCAGAAUCGAGUAUCAAUGAUUCCAAACCUAGGGACCGCUACUGCCAAAAACAAAGACAUUUUGUCGAUCAAUUGCAAGCGGUGUUUAUGACAACCGAAGCUUCUCUGUGUUUGGACGAACUUGUCAAAUUUGCCGAUAUUAGAUCGACUAUGAUCGGUUUGACUGAGAAAGACGUCGAAUUUAUCAAUACUAUUGAGCAGCUAAACACUUCCCAUAGGAAGGCAAUUAAGGAAUUGCACAUGCGCCGGCCGAGAGACACAAUUGAAUACUCAUUGAUUCUCGACACGAGCCAUCGUGAGUAUACAAAUCUUUCGAAGAUGAUCAUGGCUUUGAAAGAAGAAAUGUCGGCUUUCUAUAAAUAUUAG